ACGCACUACUACACUGUACUUCACUCAUUCUCUCUCAUCACACACAUCCUUGUUUUACACACACAUACACACACCACCAAACAUAUACAUACACAGACAUACAAACAUACAUACAUGCCUGUUAGUGAAAUCAAAACCCUAGAAAACAUAUUAUUAACCUCCAUGUAGCUGCAUUUUCAAUCGACGCUCCGAUUGAAUCCAAUUUUACUUGUGUUUUCAUUGAGUGAAAGGAUGUAUAAGAACCAGCUGCAAGAACUGGCGCAGAGGAGUUGCUUCAAUCUGCCGUCGUACACGUGCAUACGAGAAGGUCCAGAUCACGCGCCGCGGUUCAAGGCCACGGUCAAUUUUAACGGCGAGACGUAUGAGAGCCCUAAUUACUGCACUACGUUGCGCCAGGCGGAGCACUCCGCCGCGGAGGUGGCUCUCGGUGAGCUUGCGUGUCAAGGUCCUUCUAAUUCCCUUGCCGCUAGGAUACUGGAUGAGACAGGGGUGUACAAGAACCUUUUGCAGGAGGUUUCUCAAAGAGUAGGGUCAUCUUUACCGACAUACACAACUGUUCGGUCAGGCCUUGGGCAUUUGCCUGUUUUCACCUGCACCGUAGAAUUAGCUGGCUGUACAUUUACCGGGGCACCAGCCAAGAACAAGAAACAAGCUGAAAAGAAUGCUGCCAUGUCAGCUUGGUCAUCUCUAAAACUUUUAACACAGCAGCAAUCAGAAAGUAGUUUGUUAUUGCAAAAGGGCAACACCGAGGAGCAGGAACAUGUUAUUGUGGCUCGUGCUUUACAGAAAUUCAGAUUAAAGGCAAGAAUGUCUAACAUACCCUUUCCAAUCCGUUUUCACGCCCCAAAACCAAAAACACCUAAUGCAGCCCAACCACCGCCAUCCACAACUUCAAAAAUCCUUCCACUAAUAUGCCCCAAAAUGGAUCCUAGUAGGCGUCGCCAAACCACCGCCAAUGAGCCACCAUCACCUGCUUCUCAAUCAGCAGAAAACCCCGCCCUUCCCCGCCAGCACAAGUUUCCUGCUGUUGGAGCGGCCCCAUACAUCCCUGUUCGGCACUUGAGGGCAAUGGCUCCGCCAGUGACUAUUCGCAACUCGAUUCCUGUUUUCUCUGCACCGCCACUCCCUCGAUCACCACACAUGGGUGCAGCACCGCCUCCACCGAAUCACCUUUCUCAGUUUGGGAGACCAUCGGUGCCUAUAGCGCCUCCGGUCACCAUUAGACAUGCGGUUCCCGUUUUUGCCGCUCCAAUCAAGCCUGUGACAAGCUCUGUAACACCAACUGAAGUGCAAAAGAAUACUGGUUCUGAUGAGGACUCCAAAUCUCCACUUGCCAUGUCAGCAUUACCAACAGAAGAUAAAGAUGCCACCAAAUUGUAUUUGAAAGGGCUGCAUUGCCAACAGAAUACAGGUUCUGAUGAGGACUCCAAAUCUCCACUUGCCAUGUCAGCAUUACCAACAGAAGAUAAAGAUGCCACCAAACUGGAUUUGAAGGGGCUGCAAAUUUGAUGACAAAAGGUGGUCGGUGUUUUAGGAUUUUGUAGGCUUUUCUUUGUGUUGUGCAACUUAAAAAGUAGUAGGUAGGUGUUUGGGUACUAGUAUUUUACAUGCUGGAAAUAGAAAUGGAGCUCCACUUAGUUUCAAUGAAUUGUUUUUUGAUGCAUAACACUUUUGAGCAAAAGGAAACUUAAGUCUACUUCAAACCAGGUGUCUUACUUGAAA